AUGAGCGACUCACCACUCAACGUGGCUGUUGUGCUGGACAAUGGGUCCGGAAACAUACGGGCCGGUUAUUCUGGGGAAAGUGAACCAAAAGUCAACUUUCCGUCAUGGGUAGGGAGGCCGAAGCAUCUACGGGUGCUAGCAGGCGCGUUGGAGGGCGAGGUCUUCGUCGGCAAGAAGGCGGCAGCCGAGCUGCGCGGGCUGCUCAAGAUCCGGUAUCCGCUAGAGCACGGCAUUGUUACGGACUGGGACGACAUGGAGAAGAUCUGGUCACAUGUGUACAGCGAGCUCAAGUGCGACGCUGAACAGCACCCCUUGCUUCUCACCGAACCGCCCCUCAACCCUCGCUCCAACCGCGACACAGCUGCCCAAAUCCUGUUCGAGACUUUUAACGUGCCCGCCCUCCACACCUCCAUCCAAGCCGUGCUCUCGUUAUAUGCCAGCGGCCGGACAACUGGCGUGGUGUUGGACGUCGGCGACGGCGUGUCACAUGCCGUACCCGUGUACCAAGGGUUUACCGUUCCUAAUAGCAUCCGGAGGAUGGACGUGGCCGGGCGGGAUGUGACUGAACAUAUGCAAACCCUGCUCCGCAAGAGCGGCUAUGUUUUUCACACGAGCGCCGAGAAGGAGAUAGUGCGGAUGAUAAAGGAGACGACCAGUUACGUAGCCAGGGAUCCUCGCAAGGAGGAGAAGGAGUGGGCCACAGGCAAGCCAGACGCGGGAAAGAUCAUCGGCCUCGAGUACCCCGGCGUGCACCAGAUCGUCGUCGACUCGAUCAGCCGGACGGAUAUGGACCUGCGGAAAGACCUAUAUGCCAACAUUGUGCUGUCCGGCGGUAGCACAGUCACCAAGGGCUUCGGCGACCGUCUGCUGGCCGAGGUGAAGGGCAUUUCCGUCAGGGAGAUGAGGAUAAAGAUCUAUGCGCCGCCGGAGCGUAAGUACUCCACUUGGAUCGGUGGCAGUAUUCUCGCUCAGCUGAGCACGUUCAGCAAGAUGACGAUCAAGGUCGACGACUGGCACGAGGACCCAAACAUCAUCCACACCAGAUUCGUAUAA